AUGGAAUCUUUUAGUGUUUCAUGUGACCACAUUCUAGCGGUGCUCAGUUUUCUAAACAUUGUAGAAUUGCCAAAAUGUCUAGUAUUGGAUAGAUGGACAAAGAAUGCAAUGGACUCAGUUCAAGGCACUUUGAAUAACCAAUCAAAUUAUUGGGACUCAAAUUCUAUUCCUAGACUGGUUGUUUUAAUGCAUCAAUAUAAGGAGUUAGCUAAACUUGCUUGUCAAAGUUCAGAGGAUUUCUACAAUGAAAGAGACAAAGUCACCAAAACACUUGAGGUCCUAAGGUCAAAGAAUGCUUCUAUUGGUCAAAAUGAUAAGGAUGAAGUUGACAUUAUUCAGAAUGGAGUAAAAGAUCUAGCUACUGAUAGGAGCGAAGGUAGUGGAAAUCAUUCCACAUCAUAUAUGGCAAAGAAGUCAAAGGGCUCAAGAAAGUGCUCAAGAUGUAAAUGUUAUGGUCAUAAUAAAACUACAUGUCCAUUCCUUAAGGCUUUGUUUGGGAGUUUGAAGAGGGAGGGAAGGGAGAAGGAGGGAAGGGAAAGAGAGAUUAAAACUCCUCUCUUGUUUGGAUGUUUAAUAUGA